CAUUCUUGGUUCAGUACGACUCAAUCGUUGAAACGGUUCACUAGCUUUAAACGUUAUAAAAUAAAUAUCAAGUAAUUAUGUCGGGAUUAGAGAACUUAAGUGAGAGAGACAGGGCGGUGUUGAGAAGUAUAUUCGACCCAACAGCGGUCAUCGGUGAUGUUGCCGAUGAUGAAGAUAAUUUCCAAGAUGAUGAACCAGAGCCAUCAACACCAGAAUAUUUGGAAUCAAAGUCGCUGAGAUUCCACGGUGCACAGUUGGCUGAAGCCGGCAAACUGGAGGAAGCCUUGGAAGAGAUGAACAAGGCAGUGAAAGCCGCGCCGGAGAGCCCCGCCGCCUACAACGACAGGGCUCAGCUGCUGCGGUUAAUGCUGAAAGACGAUGAGGCGAUGUCGGACUUAGAUCGAGCAUUACAGUUGACAGCGGGCCAGCGGUGCCGUGCGCGCGCGCUCGCGCUCUGUCAGCGCGGCGUAGUGCUGCGCAAGCGCAGAGCAGACGACGAGGCGCGCGCUGCUUUUACAGAGGCCGCUACUAUCGGUAGCAGCUUCGCUAAGAAACAGGUGGUGGAAAUGAACCCUUACGCCGCUCUCUGCAACCAGAUGCUGAGUCAAGUGUUGAGGGGGGAGAAGGAGAUCAAACUAUAAAAAGAUCUGUAUAGAUAUAUAAUUAUAUAUUUUGUUAUGGCUCGUUUAGAUGCAUAUAUGUAUUAUAAUAAAUUCUAAGUAAUUCAGAGUUUUUUGUAUAAAGAGAAUAUUCCUCCUCUGGAAACUACUGUUUUAGAAGUUGGGAUUUCUC